AUGGCCGCCGGCAGUUGCACCCUUGGCUCCACCAAGCAUUGCCAAGUUCAUAACCACCACCUCUCAUUGGUUGGACAGCAACCGGUCAUAAGCCGAUCCCUCCGGCUUCUGGAACGUCCACAACAUGAGCUCACGCCACCCAGCUCCCGCCGAGCCUUCGCGUGGAGUAAAGUCCGCUACCGUACGACCGCGCGUUCGCUUCCCGAAGCACGCGGCGUCUGCCCAGGGCUCGGGAAAUCAAAAAAACCGGCUCUCGUUGUGUCUCAUGUGCAAUCCGACGGCGACACAGAAUGGCUGACAGGCAGCGACCUUGCGAAGAAAUACCAUCUCUGCAUCUACGAUGUUGACGGCUCCGACGACACCGCCGCUUCCGCAACCCUCCGCACCCCGUCCAACCGCGCCCAUGAAGCAAUGGCCUAUCUUACCUUUUUAAUUGACAAUUACGACUCCCUCCCCUCUUCUGGCGCUGUGUUUGUCCAUGGAAGCCGCUGGGCGUGGCACAAUGACGCCCCCGACUACGACAAUGCAUACCUCCUCACACAAUUGGACGUCGACCGCGCCCUCGAGCCCGCCGGGUACCACAACCUGCGCUGCGACUGGAGCGUCAGUACCUGCUCCGCCGAUACACCACCGCAGGGGUCCCUGCAGAUGGCCUUCCAGAGCAAGAUCGACCCGUGGGACGCGCGGGCUGCGUCGGACGCAGCGCUGCCGGGCGCGUUGGCGACGAUCUUUGGACAUAACGAUCCGGCGGGGACGGUUAUGCUGAGUCGGCACGAGGCUCUGCGGAGUCAGUGCUGUGCGCAGUUUGUGGUUUCGCAGGAGCGGAUGUGGAGCCAUGAUCGCGACGAAUACGUUGCACUUAGGCAGUGGUUGUUGGAUGGGGCGGAUGCUUCUACAGCCGGCUCGAGUUCAAGGAUUAUUCGGGGGCAAGGCGUUGCCCCGAAGGAUGACCGUGUCGCUGGACGAAUUAUCUCGUAUAUCUGGCAUAUCUUAUUCCUUGAUGUGACUGGUUCUAGUGGCUCUGACGCUGCUGAUGCGAUGGACCUGGACGUCCUUAAUCGGGCUGCCUGUCCGAGCGCGCAGGACUGCUAUUGUCGGCUUUAUGGACGGUGCGAUCUGCAGUGCCGGUCGCCGGGUAGUUGUGCCGGUCAGUAUACGAUUCCGCCUGGGUAUAAGGUCCCUGGCCAUGGACGUAAGGAUCCUGCCUGA